CAUUCGUCGACAGUUGUCCCUUACGACUCGCCGUACCUCUCCGUUAAACUCCACAGUCUGUCGGUCAAAGUUUACUUCGACUCGUGCACACUGCUUGGAAGCUGCAGCAGUCUCUGUAUUACAUCAGAAAUGUCGACAAGAAAUAUAUCCCGAUUUUGGGAAUGGGGGAGGAAGAUAAUUUGCGUGGGCAGAAACUACGCGGAGCACGCCAAAGAGCUGAAAAACGCAGUUCCCACGGAGCCGGUACUGUUCUUGAAGCCGCCUUCCGCCUACGUCCGGGAGGGCUCGCCCAUCGUGUUGCCCUUCUACUCCAGCAACCUGCACCACGAGGUGGAGCUCGGCGUCGUGAUCGGCAAGGGGGGCGCGGCCAUCCCACAGUCCGCCGCUAUGGAACACGUCGCCGGCUACGCGCUGUGCUUGGACAUGACGGCCCGGGACGUGCAGGAUGAGUGCAAGUCCAAAGGUCUUCCCUGGACGCUGGCCAAGGCCUUCGACACCUCCUGCCCUGUGAGCGAGUUCAUCCCCAAGGAGCGCGUCCCCGAGCCGGGCAACGUCAAGUUGUGGCUGAAGGUCAACUCGCAACUGAGACAGAGUGGCUGCACCUCCGACAUGAUCUUCUCCAUCCCGUACCUCGUCAGCUACAUCAGCGACUUCAUCACCUUGGAGGAGGGCGACCUGAUCCUCACCGGGACGCCCAAGGGGGUGUCGGCCGUGCAGGAGCAGGACGAGCUGCAGGCGGGCAUCGAUGGACUCGUCACGAUGACCUUCACAGUUGAGAGGAAAGAUCACUAAUGGUGGACUGAAUAAAAACACAGCAGGGAGGAAAUAAAAUGAUGAAUGAAGGGCGAAUUUCAUGAUUCGGGCAAAUGCCAAUUUUGUCCAGCAGAUAGCAGUGAUAGACCCCUUUUAUAAGACUGUCGACAAUAAAUUGUGUAAAUUGGGUUUGGAAAGUUAAUCAGACAAGGCAAGGAAAACAACUUGCUUGCUUUUUUGGCGCUAACAUUGUUACCAUGAAAUGUCAGGAACUGAUAUUUGAAGGUUUUUCCAAUUUAAAAUACUGUUUGAGGCAAGAAAAAAAUAAUUGUGUCUUUCGUUCAUCAACAAAUAUUUUAACAAGGCCAAUGAAUAUCGAUAGGAAACACUUUAAUUCUCUGCACGUUUAUAAUUUUAAAUCAUCACUUGCACAACAUUCCAGGAAAAUCGUAAUGUGCCAUCACUGGUGGUUUCAAUGAACUUACCGCGUAUGUUUUUUAGAAUGUUGGAGGAAGCUGCAGUACAAUAAAACGGUGAAACGACAUCACAAGAUCAAGUUACAAUCGCAAAAACCACAAAUAUUAUUUUUUAAAUUCGUUUUCAGGCCAGAUUUAAACAUGGCAUCAAGUUUGACCACACCUCAGUUGUUGGAGAAGUUUGUUCUGCACUUGAGGAGCAUGUAGAAACCCAAUGCUGCUUCACUUUGUUUGCUUAUGGAAGCAUAAAUAAACCUGUAACUGACAGCCUGAGAGGUUUGGAAGUCUCAUAGGGAACGAAAGGAAGAUGUUUUGUAUCCGUCUACAACUAUUGAUGCUUAUGUUAGCACAUCUUUGGUGGUUGACUUAAUGUGUUAGCAUGAAGCUAGCAGGGCAUUUGUAAGACAAUGUUGUUUGAGAUGCACAACUUGUAAUUCUCUUAGUUUUACACUUAGUUUGACAGUAAACUUUAUCCGG